UGAGGUGUACCUGCGAUUUCGAAAGCUUUUGCAGCUCAAAAUGGGAGUCAUGAGAACAAUAAUAAUGGAAAUUCAUCAUUUUUGUAAAGCCUUUCGGUGCCUCAACAUCUCGCUGCUGGGUCAUCCUUCGCCUCCAAGUUGCUCAAUCGCGUCAUAAGUUGCUAAGAUGGGUGCCGAGGCUGAGCCUUUCGCUGUUGAUUUGAAUAAGCCUCUUGUUUUCCAGGUUGGCCAUCUUGGAGAAGCUUAUGACGAAUGGGUUCAUAAACCUAUAGUUAGCAAGGAAGGCCCACGAUUCUUUGCUAAUGACUUUCUUGAGCUCUUGACUCGCACAAGAUGGUGGGUAAUUCCAAUAGUUUGGCUACCGGUUGUAUGUUGGUUUGUGUCCAUCUCUCUCCGAAUGGGCGUUGCUCCUCCUCAGGCAGCCGUCUCUGUAGUUGGUGGCGUCAUCAUUUGGACGUUGCUUGAGUACAGUUUGCACCGCUUUGUUUUCCAUAAGAAGACAACAAGCUACUGGGGGAACACUUUGCAUUAUCUUAUUCACGGCUGCCAUCACAAGCACCCUAUGGAUGGACUACGACUCGUUUUCCCUCCUGCUGCGACUGCAAUUCUAUCUGUGCCAGUGUGGACCUUGUUUAGGAUUAUAUCACCUUCAUCUCUAACUCCAGCUCUAUUUGGAGGCAGCUUGUUGGGAUAUGUACUUUACGAUUGCACUCAUUAUUACCUACACCAUGGGAAACUGUCUAAAGGUUUUAGUAAGCAUCUAAAGAAAUAUCACUUAAACCAUCACUUUAGAAUCCAGAACAAAGGAUUUGGCAUCACCUCCUCCUUAUGGGAUGAUGUGUUUGGAACACUUCCUUCAGCAAAAGCUGCAAGUAAAUAGCUGAAACUACUGGUAAUUUAUAAACAAUUAUCCAGCCGGUUAUGGAAGUGUUAAAAGAGAAUCUAUCAAUCAGGGAUGAACCUGUCUUACAUUACUUUCCUUUUUAUUAACUAAUGGUAAGUCUCAGGUUGAGGUUUUUUUUUUUUUACGUCAAAAAGGGUAAUGUUGUUUUUAGGAUUAUUAUCCCACAUCUCCCCCGAGGUUUUAGUUUUACUCACUCACACUCCAAAGGUAUAAAAAAUCAGCCUUGAACUCCCUUCACAAGUUCACAUCGGAAGAAUUGUCUAAUACCUCACUUCAUCGACUUAAUUGAUAGAUUUUUUUUACUGGUCUAUUUUUUGACCCCCAAUAAGAUUGAUUAAUAUCACACUCAUCCACUUCAUUUUAAAAGUAUGAAAAAUACUAUUUUUUUUCCAAUGAUGUGCUAUGGCUCCAUUAGAUGUUAAAAUUGAAAGUCUAUUUUACCCUUCGAUCACUUACUAACUCAACAAAUUUCUUAAAUCCUUCACUCAAUAAAUAUCCAAAACCACAAAAUCAACCUUGGAGUUAUAAUUAUAUUUUUCCAGGGAAGGUUACACAUUUAUAUAACACAUAUA